CGUCUCGCCAGAGGUAAACACAGAAGAGACCCACGAACCAGAUCUCUCUCUCUCUCUCUCUCUCUCUUGAUUUUGAAUUUUCAGCAGCAAAGCAAAUCGCAGAAGUCGUCUGAGAGAGAGACGACCGCGUUGCAUCGCUGAGCACCACUUGUGCGAUUCUCUUUCGUCGUCCGUCAUCCAUCAUCCUCUCUCUCUUUUUCUCUCCUUUCAGAAUUCUUCAAUUUUGCCUGUUAAUUACCGCCGGAUUAGAUUGAUUGUGAUCGGAAUAACACAUCCCGGAGAUAGGAUUAUAGCUGUAGGGGUGAGACCAGAGAUUGACUUCAAUUUGUCUUUCCGAUUAAUCACAGAGAUUAAAAUUUAGGGUCCCUUAAUUGUAUUUUUUUGGUGGGUAGUAGUAAUCCGAAAUUAGGGGAAUGGAGUCGGACAAUGGCAAGGGGUUGAUACUAGCUGUAGCCUCUAGUGUUUUCAUUGGUUCCAGCUUCAUUCUUAAGAAGAAAGGUCUCAAACGCGCUGCUGCUUUUGGCACCCGCGCAGGUUAUGGAGGUUAUACAUACUUAUUAGAGCCUCUUUGGUGGGCGGGCAUGGUCACAAUGAUUGUUGGAGAAGCUGCAAACUUUGUGGCUUAUAUUUAUGCACCGGCUGUACUUGUUACUCCUCUUGGUGCUUUAAGUAUUAUCAUCAGUGCUGUUUUGGCACAUUUCCUAUUAAAAGAAAAACUUAAGAAAAUGGGGGUCCUCGGAUGUGUUUCUUGCAUCGUCGGCUCCGUUGUUAUUGUCAUUCACGCACCAAAGGAGCAGACUCCCAAUUCCGUUGAAGAAAUUUGGAAUCUCGCUACUCAGCCAGCUUUUCUAAUCUACGUAGCCAUAACCAUGUCCAUUGUCCUUGCUUUAAUUCUACAUUUUGAACCCCUGUGCGGCCAAACAAACAUUCUUGUUUAUAUCGGAAUAUGUUCGUUAAUGGGUGCUCUCACUGUUAUGAGCAUAAAAGCUAUUGGGAUUGCGAUAAAAUUAACAAUGGAGGGAGUAAGCCAGAUAGGGUAUCCACAGACGUGGCUUUUUGCCAUGGUUGCAGGAACCUGUGUAGUUACACAAUUGAUUUACCUAAACAAGGCUUUGGACACAUUCAAUGCAGCAAUUGUUUCUCCAGUAUAUUAUGUAAUGUUUACAACCCUCACAAUUGUUGCUAGUGCAAUUAUGUUCAAGGAUUGGUCUGGGCAAGACGCAGCCAGCAUAGCCUCUGAAUUAUGUGGAUUCAUCACUGUGCUCACAGGCACAAUGAUACUCCAUGGUACAAGAGAAGAGGAACAACAAGCUUCUUCAGAACAAGUAAGAUGGUACGAGUCAAGAAAGAGCACGAACGAAGAACAUCUGAUAAGUCUGUACAGCCCUGAAUACUAGGAAGAAGAAGAAGGUGCCAUUUCUAGACUCCCAAUAGAAUGAAUGAGUUUUGCCAAGAACAAGCCUCAGGGAUCUUAUAACUGAUCAAUCAACAUAUCUGAGGGAAAAUGAAGUCAGGUUCGUUUCUGUAUUUUUUGUUUGUGGUCUCUGUACAGACAAAAGUUUGUCUAGUUACACUUUCAUACAUUCUUUAGUUUUGAUAUCUGUGUCUCUUCUUAGUACAGUACAGGUCUUCUUCUUAUCUGGACUUUUGUCCAAAUUUACUGUUAUAUAUAUUUAUAUGUAUCUUCAUUUUUCUAGGAUGAAAUAUUCCUUAACUGUACUCAACUGAAACGAAAAAAAUAAGGUAAAUGUUUGAUUAGUAUUUUGA